CCGAGGUGUAAAUGCACUCUAUGACAAGCACCUUAAGUUUAUCUAUAUUGUUGACAUUUUUUAAAUUUGUAUGAAUUACAUAUAAAACAAUUUAAAACUAUGGAUGCAUUAAUUCUUUCAACGAAAUAUAUUUUAUCUCAACGACUCGUAUUAAGAAAAUUACGUUUUUUUUGUUUAUUCUCCAAGCCUUUGGGUAAUUAUAAUUGCACGUUCCACACUCAUCAUCAAGAUGAAAAUACUCAACUUUUUCAACAUGUUAAGCGAAAUAAUAUGAACAUGUACAACGUUCAAAGACGAACAAUGUUCAUCCAAACACAGGAUACACCAAAUCCAAACAGCUUAAAAUUCCUACCGGGAGUUGCUGUUUUGGAUAAAGGAAAGACGAAAGAUUUUCCUUCACUUUCUACUGCACAAUGCUCUCCUCUUGCGAAAAUGCUUUUCCGCAUUGAAGGUGUCAAAGCAGUUUUUUACGGUUCUGACUUUAUAACUGUAACAAAAGUGGACGAAGAUACAGAUUGGAAUUUAUUAAAACCCGAGAUAUUUGCUACUAUCAUGGAUUUCUUUGCAAGUGGCUUACCGAUCUUAACGGAAGAACAACCAAUUGCCAGCAGUGAAAAUAAUGAAGAAGAUGACGAAAUCGUGCAAAUGAUUAAAGAGCUGCUUGACACUCGGAUUAGACCAACUGUUCAAGAAGAUGGAGGAGAUAUUGUAUUCGUGGGCUUCGAAGAAGGAAUCGUGAAACUGAAAAUGCAAGGUUCUUGCACAAGUUGUCCCAGUUCAGUAGUGACGCUUCGAAAAGGCGUGCAGAACAUGAUGCAGUUUUAUAUACCCGAAGUCAUGGGCGUAAUGCAAGUUGAAGAUGAAGUAGAUGAAAUUUCAAAAAAGGAAUUUGAAAAACUUGAAAGCAAAGUUGGAGAAACUGUUCUAACUAAAGAUAAAUAAUAAAAAGUGAACUUAUUUUGUAUAUUGUGUACAGUUACAUUAUUUGUAAGUGCGACUUUUAUGUUUUAAUUACUUCAGCGAGGAAAUAUUUAUUUCAAUUAUGUAAAUAAUUUUUAAUUUUAAUAGAAUUAUAUCUUAUUCUUGUUAAACCUAA